CCCCUAGAGCCUCUGACGUCAAUGCACGUCAGUCAGAGAACAUGAUGCCUCCUGCAAGUCAACUCGUGUACUCUCGCUAAUAGAGCUGAAAUAUUAUAGCUCUAUUGUAUUGGAAAAGGGUGGCGUGACACAGCGCCUAACUCCUAAACGUACUGAUUCCUUUUUUUUUUGUCGGACUGAGGUGGGCUGCCAACAACCAAGCUGGCCUGCCGAUCGGGUAUUCUACUUUGUCUAUUUUCAAUAGACACAUUUUAGUGGGCGGUUUGUUUUGCCCUGUCCGCUUUAUCUGGAAAGCGCGAGUCGCAGGUCGCCUAUCUCCCCUGGCCAAGCCUCGCGUUUAGAACAGCAUGGUCAUGGCUGACUGUCUCCAAAAGCCGAUGCCCCGGGGUCCUGUGCGAGUUGGCUUCUACGACAUCGAGCGCACGUUGGGGAAGGGGAAUUUCGCUGUCGUGAAGCUGGCGAGACAUCGCAUUACCAAGACCGAGGUUGCCAUCAAGAUCAUAGACAAGACCCAGCUGGAUGCAGUCAACCUGCAGAAGGUCUACAGAGAGGUACAGAUUAUGAAGAUGCUGGACCACCCACACAUCAUCAAGCUAUACCAGGUGAUGGAGACGAAGAAUAUGCUGUACCUGGUGACGGAGUACGCCAAAAACGGAGAGAUCUUUGACUACCUGGCCAAUCACGGACGUUUGAGUGAGACUGAGGCUCGGAAGAAGUUCUGGCAGAUUCUCUCGGCGGUAGAGUACUGCCACAACCGCCACAUCGUUCACCGCGACCUCAAGGCCGAGAACCUGCUGCUGGAUGGGCACAUGAACAUCAAGAUCGCAGGUCAGGACGUGUGGUGUGUGUGUGUACUUCCUAGUUUCCAACUGGACUCCUGUCUCCCCCAGUCUCUCCAGAAUAAGAGUUAUAACCACUUUGCUGCUAUCUACUUCCUGCUGGUGGAGCGUCUGAAGGCCCACCGCUGCAGCUUCCCCGUGGACCAGAGACUGGACGCUCGCCAGCGCCGCCCCAGCACCAUCGCUGAGCAGACUGUCGCCAAGGCGAGUAGCGGCGGGCCCCUAAUGGGCAUGCGUCUCCUGCGCUCCCCAGCGCCUCCUCAGUCCUCCACAGACUCCUUCUCUAUUCCCCCCUCUCCCUCUCUCUCUCUCUCUCUCUCUAUCCCCCCCUCUCCCACAGGGCCGGCUGAGCACCGUCUCAUGGAGGAGGAGGUGGGGACGCCCAAAGUUAAUGGCUGUCUGCUUGACCCACUACCUCCUACCAUCGUCCGUAAGUCCAGCACGUCGUCGCCUAGCAACAUGAUGGAGACGUCCAUCGACGAAGGCAUCGAGACUGAAGAGCUGGACUCGGAGGAUGACCCCGCCCAUGUCUUCAGCACCUAUCAAAUGGCUCGGUUUGGACAGAGGAGACACACCCUCUCCGAGGUCACCAACCAACCAGGAGCAAUCAUGAUUAGUGCAGGUAAACUCUGUGCUAUGGGCCAGAACCCUUCGCUGGGCAGUGUGGACUCGGAGUGUGACAUGGGCUCAGACCUCGGCCUGCUGGACGACUCCGCCCCUCUUGCGGAGGCGGGGCUGGCCAACGCGUCAGUCACACACAUGACUCCGCCUUUCCUCGCUGGCCGUCCAGCCAAUCCGGCGAUGCAGGCACUGACCUCACAGAGGAGGGAAACACACAACCGCUCACCAACCAGCUUCAGGGAAGGCCGACGCGCAUCUGACACGUCUCUCACGCAAGGUACACACACACCUUCAGAACAGGCACCUGCCAGGGUAAUCUGGGGCCGCACCAAAGGCAUCCUGGAGCUGAAUAAGGCGUACGAGCAGAUGGGCUCUCCAGAGGACCCCUCACUGGGCAUGGGGACCUACCCUCUGUACCCGCAGGAGCUGAUGGACCCCAUGCUGCCGGGUGAUGCAUCCCACCAACAUGACGGCAUGGCCAUGUUCUCUGCCGGCCAUCCUCCACUGUUGUCACGGAGACAGAGCCUGGAGACGCAGUACCUCACACACAGGAUGCAGAAGGCCAGCCUGCUAGCCAACAGCCCCAGCUGUCAGAUGUUCUGCAAGGAUUCACCCCGUAGUCUGGAGCAACAGCUACAGGAACACAGGUUACUUCAGAAGCGCCUGUACUUGCAGAAGCAGUCUCAGCUGCAGUCCUACUUCAACCAAAUGCACAUCGUGGAGGGCUCCUACCCCCACCAGCCUCCCCUGGGCCACCACCCCGACCCCACCGCCGCCUCUGCCCCCGGCUCUAUAGCGCCCCCCUCAGGCCACCACCACCACCACCAGCAGCAGCAGCAGCCCAGCCCUCGCCUCAGUUCUGCCACUCCCAGACUCUCAGCCCUCUCAUGGGGUCCUCCCUGGAGCCGGUGCACUUUGACCCCUACCUGGGCCACUACUCCCACCCCCACCCCCACCUGCAGCCCCACAGCAUGCCCCCCCACCCUGACACCUUGGGCUACAGCUACCCUCCCGGCUGUGAGCAGGGGCCCGUGGGCCUGGGGGAGCCUCUCUACCAGGAGCAGUAUGAGUACCCUCUGGAGCCCGGGCAGCCCCCGCCACCCCCGCCCCGCCGGGCCCCCCCAGGCCAUGCGCCGGGCACGGGGGCAGGAGCAGGGGCAGGAGCAGGGGCGGGAGGGCAGGAGGGGGCGUACGAGGGGCUGACCCUGCUGGAGAGCGAGAUGAUGGAGACGGUGGACUCGCACGGGUUCGUGCUGGUCAACUGAGCCCGGCCACGCCCCCGGCCACGCCCCAGCCGACGCCAGCAGACUAACCAACAGUGUUACCGCGACAACAGGGGGGGAGGAGCCUGAAAGAGGAUGAACAUGUUUUGAUUCAAACUGAUUUAGCGUCAGAAACAAACACUACUGCGUGACAGUGGUGAAUCUCAGUUAAGGACUGAAAAACGAUUUAGUGUUUUUUUUUUUGUUUUAACAUCACAGUCCUCCCUCCUACCUCCUUAAGUUCCCCCUCUGCCUGGUACAUCCCCGGGCACACGCAGGAGUUCUCACUCUCUCUGUGUGUGUUUGUGUGUGUGUGUGUCUAUGUGUGUGUGUGACCUUCCCUUAAGCACACCACACGUGUACGAAUACCCCCCUCCACACACACACACACACACACACACACACACACACAUGCAGGAAGAGUGAGCUGUGUGUGGUAGUAGCAGUAGCCCAGCUGUGUGCUGAUGUGGCUCUUCUGUCAUGUAGGGGUCACGACCUCUUUAGCCCUUAGCCCUGCUAACCCUUGGCUGCACAGACGUCACGGGUCAGACCCGAGAGCUCAUCUCACCCUUGGGUGCACAGACGUCACGGGUCAGACCCGGAGAGCUCACCUCACCCAGGCUGGAGAACCGCAUUGCUGGUGCAUCUCACUCAUGUUGUAUGUAUCUGUGUGUUUGAGCGUGUGUGUGCAAUAUUGAAGCAAUAUAUCAAUUCGAGGCGGCGAGAAGCCAUUAAGGUGUGUCCUAUGGUGGACCACUGCAGUCAGUGAUGGUCACUGAUGAAGGCCACUGCAGUCAGUGAUGGUCACUGAUGAAGACCACUGCAGUCCGUGAUGGUCACUGAUGAAGACCACUGCAGUCCGUGAUGGUCACUGAUGAAGACCACUGCAGUCCGUGAUGGUCACUGAUGAAGACCACUGCAGUCUGAGUCAGUGAUGGUCACUGCUGAAGACCACUGCAGUCAGAGUCAGUGAUGGUCACUGCAGUCAGUGAUGGUCAUUGGUGAAGACCACUGCAGGCAGAGUCAGUGAUGGUCACUGGUGGAGACCACUGGCCUAGUGAUGUGGAAGGUCACUGGUCAAAAUGGCUAUGGUCUCUCCCACUGAGGUGCUCCGGUGAGCAGCUCUGCAGGCAGGUUGCGUUGCACUCCGUGGGCUGGGAGGCGCAGGGAAGGAGGCGCAGGUUCCCUGGAGGCUCCAGAGCUGCGUUGAUGAGGAGAGGAGAGGAGCUACCGCCAGGACGACACGCAUGUUACACUGGAAUCCCCCCCACCCCCCAAUCACUACUUACGGAUGCUGGGGUGCCCAGCUGAGAGAUAGACUCAGCGGAUCGACACUUACCCCACCCCACCCCCGAAGGAAUGCCUCACCGUAAUCUAACCCCCCCCCCCGAAGGAAUGCCUCACCGUAAUCUACUUGAAUCUACAGGAGAUCUCUAAGACACACAAUGCUACAUUAAAGGACAAACAGGAGCCAAGGCUAAACCAGCUCCUCAGCAGAGGCUAGACUGUAGAAUCUGUGUGUGAGCGUGUGUGUCUGUAUGUGUCCGUGAGCGUGUGUGUGCGUGCGUGCGUGUGUGUAUAUGUGUGUUGUUCUUAGUAAGAGAAUUUACUGGAGCACUUUGUUUCCAAGGAAGUGAAAAGGAAAUGUGUGGAGAUAAGAGGAGAGGAGAGGAGAACUGUACCUUUGCUGCUGGUCUAGGAGGCCCAGCGCCGCCCGGUCGGACUCUCCCAAUGAUGGGGUCCGUGGAGCCGCCCGGUCGGACUCAGAGAACACCUUCAUGUGGUUGUUUCACGAGCUUUAUUUCAAGAAGUCAAAUAGGAGUUAGAGAUUUUUUAAAGUGGUUUGACGAUGCAACCAAUAUUCUGUUAAAUGUGAUAGUGUUCAGUGUGCCUUUUCUUCCUUUCUUUCUUCCUUCCUUUCUUUCUAAAUUAAGAUUUGAAGAACUUUAUUUUUCAGCUCGAUUCCUCUCUCAUUUUUUUUAUGUUGGAAUUCCUACAGAACACGUGCGAGUCGACCCAGGUUUUUCCAGAGGUACAAAACCAAAGUCUCCUCCGAAGUCUGUCAGGACGGCGCCACCAUGUGGUGCCUGGACUUCUUUGUUAGCUUUUUCCACAGUGUACUUUUUUCUUUUGGUUGUUUGUUUUGGUCAAUCAGUAUAUGCCGUUGAAAAGUAUUCUAGCAAUAUUUCUUGAAUCCUAGUUCUAAUGAAUAUGAGAAUAGUGAACGUACUACAGAAUCAUAAUCACACCCUUGCUGGCAAACACCAUUCAGUUUGACAUCCAACUUUACAUUAACCUUCAUGGUCACCACACAUAAGCUAACUUGCUGUAGAGAUUAAAAACUCAAAAGAUUUAUUGAUCAA